CAAACACAUCGCAGGAAAGAAGCAUCGAAGGAACCUGCAAGAAAAGAUUAGCUCCAGUAUUGCCGUACUCGAAUCUUCCAAUGCAAUGAUACUCGGGGCUUCCAGUGUGGUGAAUGCUCAAGAGUUGGAGAGGAAGAAGCAAAAGCUUUUAAAUUCUGGGGCAGCUGUUAACUCUGUUCGAAUGUGCACCAUAUGCAACGUUGCUUGUAAAAGCUUUGAAGUGUUUGCGAAACAUCUUUCCGGGAGGAGGCAUCCUGCUCAGGCUGGACUAAUAGCUGUGAUGGCAUUGGACCUUAUCUCGCUGCGAUCCGAGCUAAUGAUCACUCUUGGAAUAAAGGCAAGAAGACAGCGAAGAUCCUUCAAUCUUCUUGGUGUGAUGUCUGCCAAAUUAACUGCAACAGCAACGAUGCCUAUGCAAAACACUUGUCCGGGAAAAAACACCUAAAGAACUUGGAGAAUUUAGAAAAAUCAAAGAAUCCUUCCAUGGGUACACCAGCUGGAACAGAUCUGAUGAUUAAACCUGUAUAGAACCCAGCAGUGGCAGCACAGCCCAAAGCAUCAAAAGAGAGGAUUUGGAGACUAAGAAACGGAAAGUUAUGGAAGGCGGAGCGGCUGCUGCUGCAGUUAGAGUAUGCACCAUCUGCAAUGUCGUAUGCAACAGUCAAAAGGUCUUUGACUUUCAUCUUACCCGACAGAAGCAUGCCGCCAUGGUAAAGAGGCAAGCCGACGCCAGAAUAGCAACUGCCACUACU